AUGUUGUCUACUCUCGCCCGACGGUAUGCGCAAACAGUGUUCGUUGCGCAUACGGUCGCGACACCUACCUCCUUCCGACAAGUCAGGUCUCUAUCGUCUGAUUUCCAUAAAAAUAACGCCCCGGUCCUAAAGCCAAAAUGGAAUCUCAAUACGACCGAGCCAGAGCCUCUAACAACUCCAGGGCCCAAUCAAGAAUCAGGUCCUAAAGUUUGGGCUUUUCUUCUCGAGCAAGCGAGGAAGAAUGCGAGCUUGACCUCCGAGAAGGCGGAGAAUGUUUGGAAGGAACGGGAGAAAGUAAUCGCAAGGAAUCUUCCAAAACCUCACAACACUUAUUCCGGUCGCACCGUAUCGCUUCAUUCACGUACUCUCGGAGCCGCCUUUGGCAGACUACGGCGAGUCCUUGCGACCAACAAAGUGGUCAAGGAACUCAGAAUGACGGAGCGGCACGAGAAGAAGGGUGAUAAACGACGGCGUCUUAAGAGCGAGCGCUGGAGAAGACGGUUUGCGCAUGAGGUGAGGAAAAAGGUUCAACUUGUGAACGAAAUUCGCGCUCGUGGCUCAUGA